GUUGCUGACAGCCACCUGACUGGACACACUGUAAGUCAUAACUGUGGACGGCUAUAUAAGGACGGCUCCCUGCCUUAGCCCUGCAUCCUCUACAGGUAGCUGUACCUCAAACUUCACUGCACAUAUCGACAUAGAGGCAGUCAGGAUGAAGCUGCUGUUGGUUGCUGCUGCUGCUCUGGCUGUGGCCAGCUGUGCCACCAUCUCCCUGGAAGACCUGGAGUUCCAUGCCUGGAAACUUAAGUUUGGAAGGUCCUAUAGCUCUCCAUCAGAGGAGGCUCACCGUAAGGAAAUCUGGCUCAGCAACCGCAGACUGGUGCUGGUUCACAAUAUCAUGGCCGAUCAGGGCAUCAAGUCCUACCGCCUUGGCAUGACCUACUUUGCUGACAUGGAAAAUGAGGAGUACAAACGCCUGAUCUCCCAGGGCUGCCUGGGCUCCUUCAACGCCUCUAUGCCUCGCCAUGGCUCUACCUUCCUCCGGCUGCCUCAAGGCACUGAUCUGCCCAACACUGUUGACUGGAGGGACAAGGGAUACGUCACUGACGUCAAGGACCAGAAGCAGUGUGGCUCCUGCUGGGCCUUCAGCGCAACUGGCGCACUGGAGGGUCAGAACUUCAGGAAAACAGGGAAGCUGGUGUCCCUGAGCGAGCAGCAGCUGGUUGACUGCUCUGGUGACUUUGGCAACAUGGGCUGCAUGGGAGGCUUGAUGGACAGCGCCUUCAAAUACAUCCAGGCCAACGGAGGUAUUGACACAGAGGACUCUUACCCUUAUGAGGCUGAGGAUGGACAGUGCCGUUACAACCCUGGUGCUAUUGGUGCCACAUGCUCGGGCUACGUUGAUAUUAAAGAAGGUGAUGAGGAUGCCCUGAAGGAGGCCGUGGCCACCAUCGGGCCUGUGUCUGUGGCCAUUGACGCUUCUCAUUCCUCCUUCCAGCUCUAUGAAUCAGGAGUGUAUAGUGAGCCAGAGUGCAGCAGCACAGACUUGGACCAUGGUGUCCUGGCUGUAGGUUAUGGCACUGACAAUGGACAUGACUACUGGCUGGUCAAAAACAGCUGGGGUCUGGGCUGGGGAGACAAAGGAUACAUCAUGAUGAGCAGGAACAAACACAACCAGUGUGGCAUUGCUACUGCAUCCAGCUACCCCCUGGUCUGAGCAGGGUCCAGGACUUUCCUCAGUGAGGAGGAGAACAGUGACACAUAAUUUACUUUAAUUUCAUAAAGAAACUGAGUAACGGAACAAAAUGUUCUUUUAUUGUUCCUCGGUGGGGUGUGAUCUGAGAGUCCCUCUGCACUUUGGUGCACUUUUAAUAGAAUAACUUUUUAAUGAUGUAAUGAUUUAAGAUUGUAAAUAAAUGUAAAGAUUACACUGAGAGAUAAAAAAAAUAAACAUUUAUGUUUGUGA